AUGGCCAAAGCAAGAUCCUCUGGCAAGUACACCGUCAGAUCUAGAGGCAGGAAAGUCUCUUCCAAGCCUACAAGUCAGUUACAGAUAUUUCAUGGAUCUGUCGAUGACCGAGAUCAACUCGCAGACGAAGAUGGUGCCCCUUUACCAACUUUGAACAAGAGAUGCUCUGAUAACAGGACUUUGGGCGACGACUGGACCGCACAGAAUUCCAUUUUGAACCCAUCGUCGGAGCGAAGUGGACAUUCGAGCGAGAAUAAAUCGACCCUCCCAGUGGGACACAGUACUAUGGGCCAGGGCUGGAACGAUGCUGCGGAUGAACUCGGUGAAAUUACUCAAGGCGAAGAGCCCAGAGCUGUUAACGCCAAACAGAGAACCGGGAAGACUUCGUCUCCUUUCACUCAGGAGGAGCUGCAGAAUAUCCGGCCCCCAAGUAAGUCUGAGACGAUCGCCAUGGAUCAAUCACAGAACACCAUGGCGAUGGAUUUCGACGACACUGCGCAGUCGCAAGACGCCUCCUUCCUCCAUGAGGCAGAAGAUGUGGUUAAUGACAUUUUCGUGCCGUCCUCAACCCUGGAAACGGAUGAGAACCAGAGGCAGGAGCAGAAAUCAAGGAGUAAGCGUCGGUCGAAGAAGCGAUCUUAUGGACGUCACCAGAUCGAUCAAGAAAAGCCUGCCGUCGCUGCUCCAAAACCGAAGAAGGCGCCGAUGCCUCAAAACCCCAAAAUUGCUGAUGCUGGCACCGAUAUCCAAGGACAGGCCGCUGGCGCAGGAUAUACCAACCAACCGGCGCAAGUGAAAGCUCUGCUGCACUUAAACCAAUCUCAGAACCCAGGAAUGCCUCCCGGGUCUCGUCGGCAUGCGAUCAAAAAGACAGGGGAUAUGACCGACCCUUCCGUCAAGCGCAAGAGGCCCAAGCAGAAAGCCAAGACUCCAUUCCAGUACUCGGCCAAAAACAACGAUGACCUGAGUAUCAAAAAUCAUUGCGAUCUAUCCGAAAACGGCCAUCUUUCCCUUGAGAAUGAAACACACAUCGUGGGUUUGCACAAUGGUGUAAUGGACCAGGUUGAUACGGAUCUCACGACCCCACUGCCGGUACAAACUACCUCUUCAGAUUGUAUACUUGGACCGGCCCAAAGAGGGAGUCAACCCAAUUUUGACGUCUUGUCUAGCCCUGAUUUGGAUGAGACCGAUCACAUGCUGAAGCUGGGGACACCCGACGCUUCAAUGAUGAUGACGACGUUCUCCAGCUCACCUGCUUGCCAAACAACGCAACGUGAACUGCCAAGCGACUUUUCGGUGUUGGACGCCUUCAAUGACGAUGACUUUCGAGAAAUGACAGGCAAAUUGAAGCGCGUUGUUACAUCAAAAAUAUACUGUGAAGCUAGUCGCAACGACGCAGAACUGAGCCAGAUGAGACUUGGAGCCUGCACAGCAGCGACGAAGCCUGCCGAACGGAGCCAUGACCAUGAUGCGAAGCGCGUUUCGAACCCUGCCCAACCAGACCUCCAGUCCACUCAACAACCGAGAGAACAUCUCAAGAAAUACACAGCUGCUGCUGUCACAUCCGGCGACAGGACAAUCCCCAUCUCGUCAGAUGAGAGCUCCGCUACGAGUGCCAGGAACUCUGCCGAGGUUGCAAUUCCCUUGUUAUCACGACAACCACCACAUUCUCCUCCUGGCAACGGCAUCACGGAUAAUUUGAUAGCGGAGCCGUUCGGUCAUGGUUUGGCUCUUAGUCGUAUGCGACAGGUAGGUGAAGUUGAGACGAAGACAAACCAGCUUGUCGCUCCGAACCCCAACCGUCCCACAGGCUCAGGCCAAAGAUCACCAAAAAAGCGUGUUGCCAUUGACAUCGCCUCCAUGAGCGGCCAAAACAAACGCAUGAAAAGAAAUCAGGAUUCAAUCCCGACGUGUGGCAUGGCAGAUGAUUCUGUUGACGCAAUCAUCAAGGUCAUGGCCGAGGACGGCGACCACUCGCCAGUUUGCACAACUUUUAUCGAGCAGACAACCGAAAUUGGGGCUGGGCACGAUGUAACUGACAAUAGGAAAUCUAAAGAAUUUACGCAAGAAGCUCUAAUCAUACAAGAUGAACGGGUCAUGCGAUUUCCUCAGGAGUCGACAGUGGCAUCCGUUUCUGCUAGCGACAUCGGCAACAUGACCUUAGAGACCUAUCAUCACGAAAGAGGCUUACAACGAAUGGACGACGCAUCCCGAACCAGAAUAUCGAACAGGCAGGUGCCUAAGCAGCUUGCGUCUGCUGGCGGGUGCGGCGCACCUUUGCGCCCGCUGUCUCGUACCAGGUCUAUUGUCGACGAACGUGGCAGUCCGAAACCCGAGGAGUUUCUGACCUGCAUGGACCAAAAAGCACCCAACCUCAACGAUCGGAGAAGAAAGAGCCAGCCUGCUGAAAAGCCUCCCGCGUGGAAGAAGCCCUUGAGGAAGAUACAACCUGAGUUCGGUGCCAUUCAACAGGAGACUACUGGCAUACAACCAGCCUCGGGCGCAGACUAUGAACAUUUCUUGGGUGCGACUGGCUGCACCCACCCAGCCGAGUCUAUGUCGGAAGUGGAGCGACACAACAAAACUGUCGCGCAGACAGAUAGCAAGCCAACAGAUAAGCUGAGUUGUUUCCAGAAGCCAGCAACUCUGACUGCUCUGGCAUAUGACUCGAAUGCGGCGUACAAGAAAACUCUUCCACAACCAGGACAUCACGAUGGUAAUGACGAUAUUUUGAGGAAUGAUGUAACUCUGAAGCGGGAUAUACCUCCACGAGGUCACGCCUCGUUCCAAUCUGAGGACGGCUUCCCUGCAGCGGUGCAAGGGGUAAUUGAAGCAGCUGAAAAUUUGGAGCAACUCCACGCGAGAGAGCGCCAACAUCUGAGGCUGUCAUUUGAUAACCGCCGAUCGACCUUCGUCCAGAGAUUCCGCAAGAUGGACAACUUGAUCCACGACCUCGUACAACAGGGUCAGAACCUUUCAGACGCGGCUAAAUCGGCUUACCACAGCAGGAAGAUACAGUCAGAACGGACGCUCGACGCCCUGCAGCGGCUCAAAGUAAGCCUUGGCGACACCUUGGAAGUGGUGUGA